GACAGACCCGAGGCUUGAGCUCCCGGAGUUCCUAUUGGGUCAACGCGGGAAGCGCCAAGAUGGCGGCAGCGGCGACCUGCAGCACAGGCACCAGGAGUCCUGGGUCUAUGGUGGUGGCGGCUAGCAGGGACAGCGUCACCAGCUUCCAGCGGAGGGGUCCUAGAGCCAGCGGUACCGACAGCGGCUGCUCUCGACUGGUGUCCAUCGCGGGGACACGACCGUCGGUGCGGAAUGGACAGCUGCUGGUAUCAACCGGGCUCCCAGCCCUGGACCAGCUCCUAGGUGGAGGUUUGGCCGUUGGAACAGUUCUUCUAAUUGAAGAGGAUAAAUAUAAUAUUUAUUCUCCUUUGCUCUUCAAGUAUUUCCUGGCAGAAGGAAUUGUCACUGGACAUACUUUGUUAGUUGCAUCUGCAAAAGAAGACCCUGCUGACAUUUUACAGGAACUUCCUGCACCAUUACUUGAUGAUAAUUGUAGAAAAGAAUGUGAUGAAGACAUACGUAAUUAUAAAACAGAAUCUAACAAUAAGAUGAAAAUAGCUUGGCGUUACCAGUUAUUACCCAAGAUGGAGUCUAGACCGGUAUCAUCUUCAAGAUUUGGUCACUAUUAUGAUGUAUCAAAAAGGAUACCACAAGAACUAAUUGAGGCUUCAAAAUGGCAUGGAUUUUUUCUUCCAGAAAAAGUAUCAUCAUCUCUUAAUGUAGAACCCUGUUCUUUGAACCAUGGCUACAUAAAGCUGCUGCAGUUUAUCCAGAACAUCAUUUAUGAGGAAGGAUUUGAUGGAUCCAAUCCCCAGAAAAAACAGAAAAACAUUUUAAGAAUAGGAAUCCAGAAUCUUGGUUCACCUUUGUGGGGAGAUGACAUUUGCUGGACAGAAAACUGUGACAGCAAUUUCAGUCUUACAAAGUUCCUCUAUAUGCUCCGUGGUCUUCUCCGAACCUCUCUUUCAGCCUGUAUCAUCACAGUGCCAACACACCUUAUCCAGAAUAAAGCAAUUAUUGCUCGUGUUACAAACUUGUCAGAUACAGUAGUUGGUCUGGAAUCAUUUAUUGGUUCUGAGAAAGAAACCAACCCAUUAUAUAAGGAUUAUCAUGGUUUGAUUCAUAUACGGCAGAUUCCUCAGCUUAAUAACUUGAUUUAUGAUGCAUCAGAUGUCAAAGACUUAGCUUUUAAAUUAAAAAGGAAGCUAUUCACCAUUGAGCGACUGCAUUUGCCUCCAGACUUGUCAGACACAGUGAGCCGCUCGAGCAAACAGGAUCUGGCAGAAUCCGCCAAGCUGCUGGGCCCAGGCUGUGGCAUGACGGCCCGAGGCAAGAAGCACCUGGACUUCUAGUGAUUCCUCCUUAGUGGUUGAUGCAGAAUUAUAUGACACUCUAAUUAUGAUUGCUAAUAGCUUAUGUAAAUAUUUUUCUUAACGAUUUGACCUCCAAUCCUUGAAAAACAGUUAGGAUUGCAAAAUGAGGCCACCAUUCUUCGUUAUUUUAACCAACUUUCUAUACAGAAAUAGUACAGCAGAAAUACUUUCACUUUAAAUUUUGUUUUAUGCUGUAUCUAGAGAAAAUAGAUUUUUUUUUUUUUUUUUUGCGGUACGCGGGCCUCUCACUGUUGUGGCCUCUCCCGUUGCGGAGCACAGGCUCCGGACAUGCAGGCUCAGCGGCCAUGGCUCACGGGCCCAGCCGCUCCGCGGCAUGUGGGACCUUCCCGGACCGGGGCAUGAACCCGUGUCCCCUGCAUUGGCAGGCGGACUCUCAACCACUGCACCACCAGGGAAGCCCCAAUAAUUUUAUUUUUAAAUAAAAGCAAAUCAAGAUGCCUUACAGUGGUCAUUAGUGUAUGUGUGUUUAAGGCACUCAGGUCAUGGUAAAGUGCAUGUUACAGCAGGUAGCAUAUAAAACAUUAUGAAAUUCAAAAUUAUAUAUGAAAAACGUAUUUUCUCUUCAUUUCUGAAAAAGCUCCCACCAAAAAUGCUAAGGUUUUUUUAAGAAAUGAAAAAAUUUGUUUGCUAAUAUAUGAAGACUAAAAUAAAAUGAAUUUGCAUUUAUGCAUCCUGUUAUGAAAUUGAUGAAGACAAGAUAGUAUUUUGGGAUUAAGACUCCAUUAAAAAUAAUUAGUCUGCCAUAGUAGUUGUUAAUAAAGAACUUGAGUGAUAGAAAACUUAGACAAAGAAGUAGAUGGUCUCUGUUUAAACAAUGGAAGUCCACACUGUGAAAUUAUGUCAAUAGACAUAAUUCAGGAUUGAAAUUCAAACCGACAGCUACAUUCAUGCUAGGAUACUGGGGAAAAACAUGUAUUGAAGCUUGGUGAGAGAUUUUUACAAAACAUCGGUCUGAGACAAAGUAUAAAAAAGCUAACUCAGAUUUCCAUUGCAUCAGGUAAAACCCUUUGUUAAUUAUGAACAUUGGUAGGUGUGUACAUUUAUAACAAUAUAAACAUGUCUUUGUGGAUAUAUUGAACUCAUUUUCAUAUGAAAUACUAGUUUUUUGAAUCAUAGUUCCAUAUUCUCAAAGCUUUUGACAAAUAGUAGACAAAAAGUAAAAGUUAGAAAAGUAACUUGCAUAUUUAAGUAAAGGGUCUCAGUUUUUUAAAAAGCCGUUUAACAUCUGUUAGGAGAAACUGAAUUUUCAAGAUAACAUUUCCAAAUAUAUUAGCCUAUCUUGAAGCAGUUAUAUCUAGCAUUUUUGAGCAGUUUGCUUUUAAUAUACCACAAAUUAUACUUUAUUUGUUCUUGACAACAUUGCGGAAAACAAAGCCUAGGUUUUUAAAACUGUCUAACCGAUAUGAUGAAUGUCAGUCACUUAAAAAAAACCCACUGUAGCAUAAACACAUACUGUAUACAGCUUUUAUUCAGAAUUAGAAUAAUUGAAUCAGUGACAGGAUGUCAAAUCUCUCCAUCAUAUCCUGUCACUACCAGUUUAUUUUUUGUGAUCAAAAUCAAAAAGACAACUAUUUUGUCACCUGCUAUU